AUGGAUUUAAAAGACAAAAAUUUAUCACUUCAAUUUUAUAAUUACUUAUGUGACAUCAUCGGUUCUGAAGAAGUUGUAAGGACAAGAAGAGAGAUAUUUACUGUGAUGGACAUUGUUGACAAAACUGAUUAUUUAACUUUCAUAAGUACUGGUAGUAAAGCAGAAGGUUUAAAUCUCAAAGGUAGUGAUUACGAUCGCAUGGGUCUUCAUAACUUUAUUCGUGUGUAUGAAAGCUUAGAUGAAGAUCAGUCUAUUUCAGAUGAAAUGCCAUUGAUUAUGGAUACCAAUAAUACAAAACCAGGAUUUACAAAACUGAAGUUAGUUGACAAAUCAUACCUUGAUAGUGAUAUAUUAUCUGCCUGGUGUGAGACUGAGGGAGAAGAAACGUUCAUCUCAAGUAAACGUGUUCUAGAAAGAAAUUUACCUGAUGAAAUGGUGAUUCAUGGUCCAUGUGUGUCUACAGUGGAUGGAGAAUAUGAUCAAGCGUUCUGUUUAAAAUGUGAGGAAUGGAUCACACCAGCUCAACAAUGGAUUCACAGAUCACGUACAGCAUGGCCAGAUUGCACACUGGUCACUUCAGCUAUACAACACGGAGUUUUAUUUGUUCCUAUUGGAUGUAAAAACUCACCACACGAGUACUUACAAUGGCGUGUAUCGUUUUCUGUGACUGAAAAGUUGUUAAUUCAUUCAUUGUCGCAUACUCAGUUAUUAUGCUAUGCUUUACUUAAAAUUAUUUUGAAGGACAUCAUCAAACCGAGACACAGGGAUCUUCUAUGCUCUUAUUUCCUUAAAACAAUAAUGUUCUGGUUGAGUGAGGAAAUAAGUCCAUCACAAUGGAAACCCGAGUGUAUACAUGUGUGUUUCUUGGAUUGUGUGAGAAGACUUAUCUAUUGUGUGGAAUAUAAAAUAUGUCUUCAUUACUUUAUACCAGAAAACAAUCUGUUCGAAGACAGAUUUACUGGCAUUGAUCACAAGGCUCUACUGGAUACACUACGAUUUGUUUAUGGAUCACCAUGGACUUAUGUUUUUCAUUCGGAAACCUUUAUGAAUUACAGAUUACAAUCAAUAAGAACAAAUCUUGGUAUAAGCAAUACAAGAGAACAUUCGGUCAUUUCAAGAUUAGUUUACAGUCAGACUCUGUAUCUUCUUGGUUAUUGUUAG